AUGAUUAUGUUUUCGAAUCGGACGGUUCAGAUCGAGGAGAGCGAAGAGCCCGUGCGGCUGAGAUCUGUUUGGGACCCACAGCGCGUCACAUCAUCAGCUCGUCGCAUGCAAGCGGUUAAGAUCUGUUGUUUCGAUUUCGAAUUUCUCCAAAACCUCCUUCAACCUCUUUUUCCUCCGUCUCCUCCUCCGACUAUCAUGCCUCCGAAGACAAUCGUCAAGCAAGAGAAGGGAAAGGCCGUCGACCUCGGCGGUGACGGGAAUUCACGCCGCACGCCGAGACGACGCUCGACGCCGAAAGCCUCGACACUUCCGGCAGGAUUUCGGGAUCCCGGAUGA